AUGGAAAUUCAAACUGUAAAUCUCGCUGACCUAAUAAUUUUCGUGUUCUUGGUUGUAGGUAACAUAUGCCUGGGGCUAUAUUUUGCAAUCUUUAAGAAAAAGCGAAUGGUGACUACGAAUGAACUCUUCCUUGGAAGCCGGUCAUUGAAAAUGUUUCCGCUGGCAGUUUCAACGAUGGCCACUAUGGUAUCUGGUCUGGGAAUAAUUGGCUUUACAGCGCACUACUACGCCUACGGUUUGCACGUUCUGUGGGCGUCGGUUGCCAUCGUCCUUGUGUCGCCCCUGCUUGUGAACGCUAUUGUUCCUGUCCUUUACGAGCUCCAGGUGACGUCGGUCUUUCAGUAUUUGCGGAUGCGCUUUGGAAAAGGUGUCAGUAUGCCGUCCUGCGCCGUUUUCUAUUUUGUGAGCCAAACCGUUGGAGCCUUGGCAAUAUCUGCAACUUCUGUAGCCGUCUCAACCGUUUUUCACGUGCCACAAUUCUGGACAAGCUUGGCCAUUGGCUUGACGGGCACCGUCUAUACAGCGCUGGGCGGUCUAAGAGGCGUCGUGUGGACAGAUUGCAUGCAAGCCUUACUGCUUGUGAUAACACCUGCCACUGUUAUUAUCAAAGUGGGUUACGACAUCAUACAUCAAGGUCUUGUUCUUCGACCAUUUUCAGCUACCGACUUCAGGAACUACAUGCUAAAUACAAGUUUUGAUGCCGCCCAAGACGAAAACUUGUGGUCUUGUCUGAUUGGGCUGCUCGCCAUGAAUACGUACCGCACCCUCCUUGAUCAAACGGUGGCACAGCGGUACUUGGCUGCAAGGACUCUUUCCGACGCUAAGAGGACUGUUUACACUGGAACAAUAUUGACCCGUCUAAUGUUCGUCACAAACAGUUUGCUUGCCUUAACCCUUCGGUAUUGGUACCGUGACUGUGAUCCCGAGCUUACGGGCGAAAUCUCCAAGCCCGAUCAGAUACUUCCCCUCUACGUCAUUCAGAACCUGAGUACCUUUCCGGGGUUCUGCGGCAUAUUUCUUGCUGGUGUUGUUGGAGCGACUACAAGCACAAUAUCCUCCUUGAUUAACUCCCAAGCGACCGUGUGCUACGUCGACAUUGUAUCGGAGUUUCGGUUCCUGAACGGAACUGUUAUGACAGUAUACGCCAUCACGGUGACGUACAUGGGUUCCGUUGGAAGAACGUGGAAACUCCUUAAUCGCCAGUACCUUUACUUCCAACGGGAUUCGGUGUCCUUUGCCUACGGUGUGUCUGAGGUAAUCUACCUCUGA